AUGUUUCCCUUCCCUGUUCAAGACGACCAGGCCGUGAGGCCUUUGUCCGACGAUGACCAGCAAGUCCUGCUGGGACUCGUCCGUCGCUAUGGCGUCUCCAGUCUCGUCUGCGCCCUGAGCGGUGUCGGUACGCCAUCCCGUGCCUCUACCUUCUCGGCCACCACUCUUCUCAGCAACACCAGUGCACCCUCUCUCACCUGGAGCAGUUCCGAGGCUUCUCAUGGCCGCUCUGAUGCCGCGUCGAUACGCACUCAGUCCACCUGGCAAGACGCCAACGCCGACGUCCCUUCGAUCCAUGAGGGUGAUGUUGGAAAGAUCCCCGACCGUACUUGGCUCGACUCACCCGCGCUCAUGCAAUCACCGCUUCCCUCAUGCGAUGUCACUUCUAACCCAUCUCCCCGACAUGUCACACCGACUUCCAAGAAGUACCAAUGCCCCAUGUGCUACCUGGACAACAACCCCGUGGGCUUUGGCCGCAAGAGUGAUUUCAAGAAGCAUCUGUACAACUUCCACGGCGUCGAUACGAUCUGGAUCUGCAAGACCAAGGGCUGCCACCUCUCUUUUGCUACUGAGCGAGCCUACAGCACCCACGCCAAGGAGACGCACCGCAUGGAUGCGUUGCCCAACAGCUCGGCCAAGACGGAUCUUUGCCCCCAGGUUGUCUUUGCUUGUGGCUUCGCCAACUGCAAGGACCGUGUCUUCGAGGCCCAGAACAACGAACAGGCAAUGGCUAGCCGUGACAAGUACUUUGAGCACAUUGCCAAGCACUUUGAGGAUGGCUUUGACGUUAACAACUGGGAGUACAAGGUGCAGUUGCACAACCUGAUGCGCCAAUCCAAGGUCAAGUCCAUCUGGAAGACGUGCAUCUGGCCCAAGGAGAGGAGGACGCAAUUGAGUUGGAGGCCGCGAUCGUCUGGUGACCUCAAGCGCAUGCUCGAGGCCAGACACCUCGGCGAUGAUAUCUCAACCCUCGUCCGCCUCGCCUUCAUCCUCGGUACUUCGCCCUUCACCAACGCCAACACACCGCCUCCUAGCGAGAUCGACCUCCAGUUCCCCUUGCCCGUCCGAUCCGAGUGCUUGAUGGACACCGUGGGUCACUCUGAAGGGUCGCAGCAGCCAAAGUCGGACUCUUCAAGCAUCAGCGCGAGCACUCCCGCACCCAGCAUUCACAAGCAACAGCAACCGCAAACCCCUCAACCCAACAACCUCCCUGCCCGACGGAUCAAGCAGGAGACUCGCCCUAGUACUCCCGUGGAUGGCCUCCCUGAGCCCAUGAUCCAGGACGAUCUGACAUCCGGACCUCACCCUGGUACUCCCUUCCCCAUCCCCGACGAGACGGUAUGGCCCGUGGGUGCGCCCAAGUUCGCGCCCGACCAGAUGAACACCUUUGCCGACGCCACCAUGACCUACAUCCUCCCCGGACAGGAACUUCCCCAACAACAAUGGGGCAACAUGAGCCCUAUACCGCAGUACCACCAGCAAGACGAAAUUAUGACCAACGUCUACAUGACCCCGAACACCUCUUCCGUCCGACCCGCAACUCCGAUUCCCUCUAAGCGACCCGGAUCCUGGGGGAAGCGUCUCAGUCUUGAGAACCUCCGACCGAAGAAGAAGAACACUAGCAUCUACGGAAGCCCGGCCUCCGACACCGAGGCCGUGCCCCCGGUGCCCGCCAUGUACGCCGCCGAGAUGAUCCCCACCUCCGUGCCUGUGGGUUACGACCUGCCGAUGCGGAUGGGCCACCCGGCUCACGGCUUCACCUCGAACCCUCAGGGGUACAUGCACCACCACCAGGCUCAGAUGCAGCAUCUUGGUUCACCAACGACCUUUUACCUCGACGACACGGACAUUAGACUCUAA